AUGGCUGAUGGGAAAUUUUCUAAAAACUUUCCAAAGAAAUACCAAAAUUGUACCAUUGUUGAUGAUGACGGGUUCCCGCUGUAUAAAAGAAGGCAAUCUAGCAUUUCUGUGUUGAAAAAGGGUGUGCCUCUUGAUAAUGCGUUCGUUGUACCGUAUAAUCCCCGUCUUUUGAUGCGCUAUCAAGGGCACAUAAAUGUCGAAUAUUGCAACAAAUCCAAUGCUAUAAAAUACCUUUUCAAGUAUAUAAACAAAGGACUAGAUAUAGUCAAUGUUCGUGUAUCUAAUAGUGCUGAAGGUGGAAGCAAUGUGGAAGCUCGGGAUGAAAUCAAAGAGUACCUUACUCCUUGCGAGGCUGCGUGGAGAACAUUCAAGUAUGACAUUCAUGAUAGAUGGCCUCCGGUAUCACAUUUGGGAUUCCAUCUUCCUAAUCAGCAAAGUGUUCUCUUCAAAGAUCAUGAUGAUUUAGAAGAAGUCGUGGAAAAAUGCUCAAUGAAGGGAACAAAAUUCUUGGCCUGGAUGAAAGCUAAUAAAAAGUAUGUAGAGGGGAGGGAUUUAACUUAUGCGGAAUUUCCAAAUAAGUUUGUAUACAAGCCUGAAUUAAGACAAUGGUUUCCUAGAAAGAGAGGAAUGGCACUUGGGCGAGUUCAGUAUGUAAAUCCCGGUUAUGGGGAGCUUUAUUACUUGCGAGUUCUGCUGACAAAACAAAGAGGUUGUGAUAGUUUUGAGAGUAUUCGAACUGUCAAAGGGGUUGUUUAUUCAACCUUCCAUGAUGCAUGUGAAGCUUUGGGUCUAAUGGAUGAUGAUCGGGAAUAUAUUGAUGGUAUUCUUGAUGGAAGUGAAUUGGGAAGUGGACAUCAGUUAAGAAAAUUGUUCAGCAGGUUGGUUGCGGAUGAGUUGAAUUACAAUAAGGAAGAAAUGAUGACACUGCAUGAUGAGCUGACUCGCGCGAAGUUUGGUUAUGAUAUACCCUUUGGGGGUAAAGUUGUGGUUCUAGGGGGCGACUUCACACAAAUUUUACCAGUUAUUUCAAAAGGAAGUCGUUCUGAAAUUGUUGGUUCUGCCAUCAAUUCAUCGUACUUAUGGAAACAUUGCAAAGUCAUGAGAUUGACUAUAAACAUGAGGUUACAAAAUGAUGCUUCCAGUUCUUCUGCAUCAGAAAUAAAAGAGUUUGCUGACUGGCUUCUUCAAGUUGGAGAUGGCACUGCUCCUACAGUUGAUGAAGAAGAAUCUAUUAUUGAGAUCCCACAAGAUUUGUUGGUUGAACAGUGUCAGGAACCUCUGGGGGAGUUAGUCAAUUUUGCUUAUCCAGAACUUUUAAACAAUUUGAAGAACAAGACAUACUUUCAAGAAAGAGCAAUUCUAGCCCCAACCCUUGAUAGUGUGGAGGAGAUCAACAACUUCAUGCUAUCUUUGAUUGCUGGUGAUGAGCGUGAGUAUUUAAGUUGCGACACCCCAUGCAGAUCGGAUGAAGAUUCAGAGAUGAAUCCAGAGUGGUUCACUUCUGAGUUUCUUAAUGAUGUUAAAUGCUAUGGAAUUCCAAACCAUAGAAUUUUAUUGAAAGAAGGGGUACCUAUAAUGCUUAUUCGAAACAUUGAUCAAGUUGCGGGGUUGUGUAAUGGAACAAGAAUGAUAGUAAAUGCGUUGACUAAAUAUAUCAUUGUGGCAACUGUUUUGAUAGGAACAAAUUCUGGGGAAACUGCUUUUGUUCCAAGAAUGAGUCUAAUUCCAUCAGAAUCAAGCCUUCCUUUCAAAUUCCAACGGAGGCAGUUUCCAAUUACUUUGUGCUUUGCAAUGACUAUCAAUAAGAGUCAGGGCCAAUCACUCUCACAUGUUGGGCUAUUCCUUCCAAGACCUGUGUUUACUCAUGGCCUAUUUCACUUAUUGGAUGCAUGUACAAGGUGGUAUCCAAAUUGCUGGCAACCAGGUUGA